AUGGGUAUGGUGAGUUCUUCGUUUUUAUCAGCACCAGAACAGACAAUAAACGAAUCGAAUUAUAUUUAUCAUCAACAAUUUUCAACAUUACAUAAUACUUCUAAUAAUGACAAAAUGCCAGUUAUAGUUGAUGUUAUGAGUAUCGGUUCAUCAGAGCCAAAGAAACGUACCAAAGUGUUACGUACUUCUGUUGUAAAUUAUGGGCCCAUCAGUGUUAGAAAACGUCACAGUGUUGCUCCAACAUUAGCGACUGGACGUCGUUCGAAAGAUGCCAUAGUAGAAGGUGAAGCUGCUAUAAAACGUGAUACACGACGUAUGAAAAAUCGUGAGGCUGCAAAAACUUUGAGGCAACUUCGAAAUGAUAUAGAAGCUCAAUUAAAAGAUCGAAUUAAAGAAUUAGAAUCUGAAGAAUGCUCAUUGCUAUUUGAAAUCGAUAGCCUACGGGAAUAUAAACAUAGUCUGGAAGAACGAUGCCGACAAUUGGUUCCGAUGUAUAACUCUAUGAAUCUAACAGCAGCACCAGCAUCAUUGCGACAUCAUGAAUAUGAUAUUCAACCAAAAUUAGAACCUUGGAUUCCGUUUCAUUAUUAUUGUGCUGAUCCAAGUGAUCAACGACGUCCUCCAUCUCCACAAUGA